AUAUAUAUGAUUAAAUGAAGUAUUGGUGUGGUGGAGGAGAGAGAUUACAUUGUUGUUGGGUUAAAUGCAUCCGAGCUGUUCACACCAUUUUAAUGUAUUUCUGGGAAAUCCUGCUUUCUGGAAGUUUGUGAAAUCAUAUCCAGAUGGUUUUUGUGCAGAGAAGCAAAACAGCCUGAACUGGGGACGAGAAUGGGGGGAGGGUUAAGAGAGGACUUGUGCCAGGUUGCAUUUGCUUGGAUAAACAGGCAGGAGAGGGAUACGUAGAGUUAUACAUUGACUUGCAUUUUGACCAGCAGCUCAGUAGCACAGUUCACCGAUUGGAAACUGGAUUAUUUGUGUGAGAAGUCACAGAGGAAUGAGUGAUGGAGUCACAUCCAGCCCUGGCGUUCCUCCUGCUUUUCUCAGCUGCCCUGUCCUCCGGUUGCGAUGGUGGAAAAGUGCUGGUUUACCCCGUAGACGGCAGCCACUGGCUUAACAUGAAAAUCCUGGUGGAGGCGCUUCACUCACAGGGCCAUCAAAUCACGGUAGUGCGUUCCUCCACCAGCUGGUACGUUUCAGAAUUCUCGCCCCAUUACACCUCCAUCACCGUCACCCAGGAGCAUACCCAAAACCUAGAGAGCCAGGACUACAUGACCUUGUUUUUGAAGAGGUCAAUAGAGAUCCGGCGGAAUAAAGGAACACUGUGGGCAUUCGUGAAAUUUUACAACAAUCUUUUCGACAUGAUGGGGGAGAACCAUAAAGUUGUGGCAAAACUGAUCGUCAGCAUUUUUGAGAAUAAGACACUCAUCGCGGAGCUGAAAGAAGCUGGAUAUGACCUUUUUCUGACUGACCCGGCAUUCCCGGGUGGAGUGCUGUUGGCACACUACCUCCAGCUUCCCUUGGUUUUCAACGUGCGCUGGCUCUUCAACGGCGAGGCCCACUUCGCCAUCGCUCCUUCUCCGCUUUCCUACGUCCCCCAUUUGUUUACCGACAACUCCGACAAGAUGGACUUUUUCCAAAGAAUCAAUAAUAUGAUACGCCGUACUAUUUUGAUUUACAUAUACUACUUUGUCUCAAAUCCACCUUACCAGGCUGUGUGUGAUCAGUAUUUCGGGCCCGAUGUCAGCGUCAUGUCCCUCAUACAGGGAGCUGAUCUCUGGCUAAUGAGGGUGGACUUUAUAUUCGAGUUUCCCCGCCCCAGCAUGCCCAAUGUCGUUUACAUUGGAGGCUUCCAAGGUAAGCCCUCCAAGCCCCUUUCCUCGGAUUUAGAGGCAUUUGUGCAGAGUUCCGGUGACCACGGCGUGGUCGUCAUGACUCUGGGGACCCUGCUGAGCGACCUCGGCCCUGAGAUAUCGGAGAUCCUCGCCUCAGCAUUUGCCAACCUCCCUCAGAAGGUCGUGUGGAGACACAUCGGGAAAAGGCCAAUCAACCUGGGAAACAACACCAUGUUGGUCGAAUGGCUGCCUCAAAACGAUUUGCUAGGUCACCAUAAAACCAAGGUGUUUGUCACACACGCGGGGACCAAUGGAAUAUACGAGGCGAUCUACCACGGCGUCCCGGUUCUGGGCAUCCCGCUCAUCUUCGACCAGUACGACAAUAUGGUGCGCCUGAAGUCCCGGGGAGUGGCUGAGAUCGUUGAGGUGACAACCUUGGCUGUCGAGUCGCUGACGAGCUCGCUGAAGAAUAUCCUGGACCCCCAGAAGCCCUACAAGCAGAAUAUGCUCAAACUGUCACGGCUUCACCACGACAAACCGAUGAAGCCGGUAGACAACGCCCUUUUCUGGAUUGAGUUCGUCAUGAGGCACAAGGGUGCAGCGCACCUGCGCACGGAGUCGUAUAAACUGCCGUGGUAUGCUUACCACUGCCUGGAUGUGAUGGCCGUCUUUGUGUUGUUUGCUGUGCUGAUCACGGCUUUAGUUUGGGUUUCCUUCAGAUGUCUCAUCAAGCGUUUGAUAAGGACCAAGAAGACCACAGCCAAGUCCAAGCAUGACUAGAUAAGCUCAUGAGGAAGCCGGCGCGAGACAGUUUGAAACUGCAGAUUUGAGAUUAUAAUAAAAUCAAUGUACAUAUUCUCCACUGUGCAUGUGUGCUUUGUCCACACGAAUCAUUAUUCUAUUGAGGAGCUUUAUGUAAGGAUCUUUAGGGCAUAUCCCAGUGGAUGUGUUCUCUCACAGGGGGGAUUUCUAAUAGAUGACCUUCUACAAAAGAUAUGGUUUAAAAAACAAUAUGGCAGUAAACAGACUGUGAACAUGA